AUGUCAAGCUCUCCUUUCAAGGUUAUUGUCGUGGGCGGUGGCCCGGUCGGCCUUACCGCGGUGCAUGCCCUCGCCCGCGCAGGCAUCGACUUUGUCGUGCUCGAACGCCGAGACUCGGUACUCCACGAUCAAGGUGCCAGUCUGGUCCUUGGAGCCCCAUCUCUGCGCAUUAUGCACCAGCUAGGUCUGCUCGACCAGUUGCUAGCCAUUGGGGCGGAACUUCGCCAGGUCCAGGCGUAUACACGAGAGGGACAGGUAUUCCGCAAUACCAAUCCCUUCCAAGUGAUGCGGAAAAAUCAUGGGAUCGCCCCGGUCGCGUUCCACCGCGCACACUUGAUCCAGACCCUAUACAAUAUGCUUCCGGACAAGGCCAAGGCAAAAUACCUAUUCAGUAAAAAGGUCAGCGAUAUCGAGUCAAGCGACACCGGGGUUCGAGUCACCUGCGCUGAUGGAACCUCAUUCGAAGGAUCUAUGGUCCUUGGAGCCGACGGCGUUCACAGCAAAACCCGGCAGUUAAUGCGCCAGCUCGCCCUGGCCGCGGACCCCACACGGAGCUGGGAUGCCGCAAAACCCUUCAAAGCCGAGUACAAAUGCUUGUGGUGCAGCUUUCCCCGAAGGACUGACGUCGGGCAUGCCACUGAAACCCAAAGCAAGGACUAUUCGGUAAUGUACCUCUCUGGGCGCGAUCGUGGAUGGAUCUUCCUUUACGAGCGCUUGCCACUGCCAACAUCAGAUCGAGUAGACUACACGACGGACGAUAUCGAGGCAAUGGCGGCACGGUUUGCCGAUUUCCCUAUCACCGAUACUCUGAAGGUGAAAGACGUGUAUACGGAGCGCUUCACCUCGGGCAUGGCCAAUCUGGACGAAGGCAUUCUCCAGCAAUGGGGGUGGGGACGGAUCGUUCUCGCGGGAGACGCAUGCCACAAAUACACCCCUAACGCUGGACUAGGGUUCAAUAAUGGCAUCAAGGACGUGGUGGUGCUGUGCAACGGGUUGCACAAGGCGCUGCAGAGCGCAGCGGGCGGGUCGUUAACUGCUGCCACGCUCAGUCAGAUAUUCGACGAAUAUAGAAAAGAACGCGCCGGGCCUGUUCGUUCAGAUGCCGGACAGUCUGCGAGGACAACGCGAUUGCAUGGGUGGGCCAACACGCUGUACUUCCUUGCAGCGCGGUACAUCCUGUCGUGGGAGGUCGUUGAAGGGUUUCUGAUCAACUUCCUCGGCGCACGUGCGAUGAAGCAGUGCCCUGUGCUGGGGUAUGCCCCUGCUACGGAGCCGUUCGUGGGGGCCGUAAAGUGGGAUCACCCAUUGCCAGCGAUAGACAAGGAGCUAGCGUGA